UUUUGGCAAUAGAAAUCGCAUGCAAUGGAGAUAAAGCUUCUUCAUAUACAUAUGAACGUUAAAAGAUAAGGGAUAAUGGAUUUGGAAGUUAGAGAGAGAUUAAUAUUAAAGAAUGAUUUGUAGUAUCUCUGGAAUGGAAGUAGAAUUUCUCUCACUUUGAUAUUAUUGACAAAAAGGUAAAAUAAGUAGUAACCUAUCAUCUUAUUCUAAUGAAAGUAUUUGCUAUUUUGUGUGAGCGAUUAAAAAAUAGAUAAUUUGUCUAAAAUAAGGACUUUUAUAAGAAAGGAAUAGUUGAUUGUUCUCAUCAUACUUUGUUAUUUCGUAAUUGAGGGUUUGGGAGGAAGAAGAAAGAAAACUGCUUUCUGAAGAAGGUGGAGGUGCCGAGGGAGUUCCAAUUCUUCUUCCUCCUCCUCUUCUUCUUCCUCAUCGGUUGAUUACUAUUUUAUAAGUAUUAUUAUACAGUUCUCCUAAGUAUUAAUUUUGUUGAUUUUUUUAGGUUCAGGUAACCCAUUAAGUUUAUGCAUAAUUGCUAUAUCUUUCCACAUUAUUCCAGUUUUUGUUUUUUAAUAUUGGAUUUUAUAAGGGUUUCAUAUUCUUAUAAAUCUAGGUUUUUUGAAUCCAACUCUCCAUUUCUCUCUCUUGAUUUCGGUAAAAUGGUUUCAAGUUCUUAAACAAGAGAGAGGAAUUGUUUAUGUCACGUGGAAUUGGUUAUAUCAUCCUUUAAUUCCAAUUGGCUAUAUAUUUAUCAUUUAUUUCCAUUUAUGCUCCAAAAAACAACAAAAAUAAUACAACCUAAAUGCUUCUAUACUUAUUGAUCACUUGUAUAUCUUUCUUCUUGUUUUUCAAAUCUCUAUGCCUACCUACAUGGGUAUCUAAAACCAAAACCUUGUUCUCCUUCUACUUCUACAAGAAUCCUUUCAUGAAAAUCCUACACCCGACCACACCAGACCUAGCCUCUCCAGUUCUUAACCAAAUGUCGAUUCUUGACCUUCCGGACCUUCCUUUCGACUGCAUUCUCGACCUUCUUCCUCCCUCUGAACUAUGUAGCUUGUCUAGGGUAUGUACCUCCUUGAGAGAGAGAUGUGUGAGCGAUUAUUUGUGGGAGAAACACUUGAUAACCAAAUGGGGAAAAAUUCUUGGACCUGCUGCUCACAAAGAGUGGCAAUGCUAUAGAUCUUCCCCAUAUCAUCUUGAUUCUCCUCAUCACCAAACUGGACAUCCUUGGUUGGCCAAAAUCAUAUCUCUGAUUCGAUCUCAUUCUUCCAUUUUUCGAGAUGAUUAUCGGAGGAUGAUAGAUGCACCUUCUGUGUCACUUGAUUCUACCAUGAGCUUCUACCUUUCUCUUGAAACAGGUCGAUUUUGGUUCCCAGCUCAAGUAUACAACCGUGAGAAUGGACAUGUAGGGUUCAUGUUGUCAUGUUAUGAUGCUCAGCUAAGCUAUGACACUCACACUAAUACUUUUCAAGCUAGGUUUCCACCACAUGGUAGAAGAGCAAUUGCGGUUGAAAAGGAUGUGACAUGGGAGAGGAUAAGAGCAGCUCCCAUUGAUGCAUCACCUCAUCAUCUAUAUAUAUCAGAUUCUUUAAAGGAGUUGAAACCUGGAGAUCACGUCGAGAUCCAGUGGAGAAGAAACAAAGAAUUUCCUUAUGGAUGGUGGUAUAGUGUUGUUGGCCACUUGGAUUCAUGUGAUGGCAAUCUCAACCAUUGUCAUUGCCAUAUUAGUGAGAUAGUAGUGCUGGAAUUUAAACAGUACACGAUUGGAUCAAGGUGGAGAAAAACAAUGAUCAGCAGGAAAGAUCAUAGAGAGAAAGGUAAUGAGGAAGACGGAUUCUAUGGAGGAAUACGAAAGCUAAAUUGUAAAGAAGAUAUUGCAAGGUGGACAUGUCUCUGGCCAUCAUCCUUCUUGGAGUAGAAUUGUUGUGUAGGAUGUCAAUUUUAGAAGUGUUUUUUUUUU